CGUGCCCAACCCUGCUCCGACAGUUCCGACAGUCGGAGUCCGUAGUAGCAGGAGCUAUAUAAUCGGUGCCAAAUGAAAAAGUAGUGCGAAAGCGUUUUCUACGCGAGAGUAAAGAGAGUGCGCGUGUGUGUGUGUUUGCCGUCGGGUCCGGAAGCAACCGCGAGAAUCGUGCGCCCCGGCUUCAAGAUGGCCAUGGCCGCGUGCUAUCCGACGUACGAUCACAUGACCGGCAACAGCACGACGCAGCAGCAGCUCCAGCAGCAGCAGCUUCAACAGCAGCAGCAGCAGCAGCAGCAGCAGCAACAGAGCCCAGUGGCGGCCACUAGUCAGCUGCACCACCUGUCCUCGCGGCUGUCGGCCGCCGCGGCGGCUGCGGCGGCAGCAGCGGCGGCCGCAGCAGCCGCCUCCAGCAUGGCGGUGCAGAAGGACUUCAGCAUACCGCUGCACGUGGACUGCAGCGUGGAGUACGAGUUGCCGAACCAGGCGAAGCCGCCGGUGGGCGCCCGGGUCGAGCCACUGCUGAUGAUCCAUCCUUGCUACUUCCGCAAGAUGGAGAGCCAGCGGCGCAGCCCGUUCGUGAACAACAUGCCAAACUCCGCCCGUAGCUCCAGCUCUUCGAUCGCGGCCAGCGGCAAGGCUGGGGCCAGCACGAGCGGGAACAGUAGCAGUAGCACCAGCGGCACCGGCACCAGCAGUGUUGCAGGAGCCGAUUCCUCCUCCUCGUCGGCGGUGGCGACGGCGGCAAGUGGCUCAAGCUGUGCGUCGGCCAGUGCCGCCGGCAGUCGGAGGAAUUCGGCACAAAAGUCAGCCAACAGUGGCAGCAACACCGGCAGCGGAAGCGGUAGCAGCAGCAGUAGCAGUCAGUUCCUUCAGCUGCAACUGGAUGACUACGUCCAGCGUCAGAUGCAUCGUACGGCGACCGUGAGCAAUAGUCAGCAGCAGCAGCAGCAGCAACACUACAGCCACUCGAACGGUGGCGGUAGCGGAGGGCAUAUGCAGCAACACCUCCAUCAGCAACACCACAGCAGUCGCCACCAGCAACAGCAGCAGCAACCUCACCACCAUCAGUCACACCUCACCAGUCAGUCCGCGAAUCAGUACGCGAACCAGUCGCAGCAGCAGCAGCAACAGUCCACGUCCUCCACAUCGGAGUGGGGCCGGUAUCACAUCGGAGCGGAUUGCGCGGCCGCCGGCACCGGAGGAAGCGGGUCCUCGGUUCGCAACGGAGCGGCGGGCUACGGUGGGAAGGUUGCUGCCGGUGGCUAUGGUGCAGGCGUUGCAUCUUCGGUGGCUGCUGUGAGCAACGCGACAACCAGCUGUAGCACCAGCAACAGUAGCAGCAGCGUCAAGUCCAAAAGUGUCACUAGCGCCUCGAUGAAGCGCAAUGCAAGUAAUACGGGUAUGAGUCAGCAUCAGCAGCAGCUCCACCAUCAUCACCACCAGCAGCAUCAGCAGCAGCAGCAGCACCUGAUGCCGGCGAGCUGCGCCGUGUACAACAGCACCGCCAGCAACGGUGUCAGCAACGGUGGCCUGGUGGAAGCUGGUGGUGGUGGCGGUGCGGGGCCCCGAUGGGGCGACAUCGAGAAGACUUCAAUGGCGGCGGCCGUGCCCCGCGAUUUCCAGGCCGGCCCCGAAUCGUUACCGAUCAAAGCCGGUGUCGUCGUGCCGGCGGCCAACCUGCCGCCACCGCUGCCCCAAAGCUACCGUGGGGCGGCCAGUGGGGGCACUGGCAAACGCGACGCCAUGCUGUCCGGCGCCGGAGGCUGUGCUGUUUAUAGUAGUAAUAGUAAUAAUAGGAACAACCACAACAACAACUCUAGCCUAAGUAAUAGUAGUAACAACACGAGUGUCACGAGUGUCGUCAGUACGGACCUCAGCCUGUGGGAGGCGACGGCGAACGGAGGCGGCAACAGUGUUGUUGUUGGUGGUGGUGCCGGCAACAAUGUCCUGACGGACAAGAGCUCGAUGGCGGCUGCGAUUCCACGGGACUAUCACGCGGCUGGCCCGGAGCAUCUGGCGGCCUGCAACAAACUGGCCGCUGCCCGUCAGCAGCAGCAGCAACAGCAGUACCAGCAACAGCAACAGCAGCAACAGCAGCAAGUGCAACAUCACCAACAGCAGCAGCAGCAUCACUCUCAGCAUCGCCAGCAACACCAGCAACACCAGCAUCAUCAUCAUCAGCAGCAGCAGCAACAGCAGCAUUUGCAUCAUCAGCAACAGCAGCAGCAGCAGCAUUCGCAACACAGCCAGCAACAGCAACAACACCACCACAACCAUCAGGUGGCGGUGGCGGCGGCAGCUGCGGCCGCUGCUGCGGCGGCCGCGGCAGCCGAGGCGUCCGACAAGCUGCUGUUCGCGAAGUACCGGCAGCACCAGCGAGCGUCGCACCGGUUGCACCCGUACAUGAUGACGACCAGCUUCACACCCCUUAUGACGGCGGCCUUCCCUCCGAUGCAGCAAGUGUCCUGCUACAACGUGUGAUUCUAAGGUGCGCUCCCUCCUGUGUGCGGCGGUUGUAAGUUGCCAACCGGAGCCGGUGGUGGUGAUGAUGACGACGGUGAUGAUGAUUGGUGGUGGACCGGGUCCGAAUAAGCCAAGAAGCUACACGAAGAAGCUGCGGUGGGGCGUGGAACUGAGCUGAGAGAGAGAGCGAGGAGGUAGUGAAGGUGUAGUUGCGCUGGUUAGAGGUCGCGAUAUAUAAAAUAGACAGCAACUUUUUUGUUGCCAAUUUAAAUGUGAUAGUAGUUUUUACUCCCUAUUAACUUCAGGCUAGAAAGAAGGUGGAAAGUGAGACGGACGGCACGGAUAUAAAUACACAACCACAGGACGUUCUUUGGCAUAGUGAUCGGCGCAAAAAAAAAAUAAUCGGAAACCGACAAAAAACUCUGUCCGACCGGUAGUGAGUGUCUGGCUUUAAUAUGGGACGGGCGAGUAGUAGAUGGGUAGUACGCGCCGCCGCGGGGACACAUAUGAUAUGUAUAACUAGUCCCCCCCCCCGCCCCUCAGUAACUUGAUUUAUCACCCUUUACCACCACAAAAGAGACCCCUUCAGGCGAACUUCGAAUAAGAGUAAGCGUUACGCGGGGACACGGCGUCGAAACGGUCAGUGGCGAGAACGAAAACAUUGGAAUAAAACGAAGCAUGAUUAGCUAUGUUAGAAAAAACAAAUUUAUAUCUAUCUAUGUUCCAAAGAAAGAAGCAACACCUGCUUGCGGUAAAACACUAGAUUCUCAGAACGAUCGAUAGAAGAGCGCCUUGACCUGCGCUGACCGACGGGAUGGAUCUCUUCUGCGAGGUUGUAGACUUCGCCACUUCUCGAUCGGUGACAACCUUCCGGCGGGGGUCAUCAGUUGAUGAGGAAGCUCUUGGUUUUCAGUACUUUGCCCGAGUGCACGUGAGUAGCACGAAGCUAGAGUUGAAGCUACACUUCUUAGUUGUGCGUGAGUUUCCGUUUUGUGCAUGUUGAGUAGUAACUGUAUGUGAAGUGUGUUUUCCUGCGAGCCACACGGUUUUGGGCAUGUUUCAGGCUUUGUUUCCUUACGUUUGUUGUUGGUCCGAGUAGAGGGCGCGUUGGCCAUACGAAUGCGGGCUGAUUGUGGGUCCCUCCAGUCGCGUCGGUUAGAUCUGCCUUGUGUUUAGCCUCUGGCAUGUGUAGACAUCUUGGCUGGCCACUUGUCUGUCGUGUAUCGCGCUUAGCAAUCCGCUGCGGUUAUUGGUUUGUCCCACAGGCCGUGUGCCGAUUGUUUUCUUUCCGUUUCCGUAUCUUUCGAGCUCAGCUGGUUUUAGUUCUUUCCCAACCGGGCAUUCGUUUACGGGCUGCAUCAGAUAUACCCUAACGACAUAAUGGAUUAGAAAAGUGUAAAACGUAUAAGCUAUAAACACACCUAAGCAUAGCAAAACCACAAACCGUUAAUGCAUGACUGCUGAGAACAGUGUUGUAAGCAAAAACCGAAUAAUAGCGCAAGUAUUAUACUGAACAAAACAGAAACGCAGAAGCAAAACAAACAAAUAAUCUCUCAAUCCAAACCCUUAGCGACGUUUUUGGAGAUGUUGGAAGAGCGUCAAAAUUGUUAACCCGUCUUUGGUUCAAACCAGCUCAAACAAAUGAUUAAAAAGUCAAAUCCAAACCCUGACCCCCAAAAAAUACAGCUAACGAAAAAUGACUAUUUCGAGUAAACAUGAAUGAAUACACAAUACAUCAAUACGGUAAACGCCAAUGCAAAGAAACUCAAGUAAAAAAAAACGAAACGAUAAAAUAACAAAACACAAAAAUAACUAUUUAGACGCAUCAUCAAAAUAAUGGUUCGGAAUAUUAAC